AUGUCUGCUCCUGCUGCUAUCGCCCGCACCUCCGACUCCAGCGCCCAGCAUGGUCUUGUCGUCCCCCUUCCCACCGCCACCGGCCUCUCCCAGCCUGCUGCUCCUGAAGGGUGCCACCCACGAGGACGGCAGCCUCAGGGAUGCUUCUCUCUCCUCGGCAUCAAGCUUGAUCUUGAGGCCGAGGUUCACCUGACUGCCCGUGUCAAGGGUGAUGUUGUUGUUGGACUUUACUAA